AUGUCCACCACUCUGCCGGUCCUGGCCCCCCGCCUCCCGGGCUGCCCGCCGGCGGUGGACGACAGGACCUACACCAAGGAGCACACCGAGGAGGAGUGGGAGGCCAUGCGCGAGGUCAUCAAGAGGUUGUAUAUCCGCGACAACCGCAAGCUCAACGAGACCAUGGCCAUCCUGCAGGCAAGGCACGGCUUUGCAGCGACAGAGCAAAUGUUCAAGAAGCGCUUAAAGAAGUGGAAUCUUAGGAAGCGCACAUAUCGCAAGAGCCCCUCGGGUUCCACAGCUUCCACUCCUGCGCAGAUUGCCGAGGCAUACUGCCAGAGUGCAGUAACAGCAGAGACAGAGACAGUUGACGAUCAGACUGCAGCGUCCUCGUCGUCACCUGAGGAGCAGUCUCCAGAAGAGGUCAACGAUACCUCCAUGGCCCUCAUCCGGCCCUCUAACAAUGCAGGGCCCUACGCAGAUCUUGAGCAGGUUCUCGGCAGCGUCUUCUCAUGGAGUCAGUCCAAGCUGGACGCAUACCCCGUUGCGUCGGAUCCCAUGUCGAGAUAUCUGGCGAACCCAAAUCACCCCCCUAUCCAGGACAGCCGGACAAUGUAUCGGACGUUUGAGCUUGUUUUCGAUCUGUGGUACCACGGUAAAGGGAACCUUGCAGGUUUGGCUGCACGGAGAGGCUUCUAUGUACUUGAGUUUGUCCUCAGUGAGGACCACCCGGACCUUGUAUGGCACGUCCUAGACACCAUCUUUGACAUGGUGGAUCGUGGACAUCUUCAGCUUUUGGGUUUAUUCUUGGAUCAUGCUACUAUUCUGGCACAACGACAGCUGCCAGCUCAGCACCCACUCCUCCGGAUUCUACAACAACUACGGACAUGUGAUUAUCAUUCAGAUCAAGGGAGGAGUUACUUAUGCCAUAUACUACGUCAGGCCUGGAUGCGAAACGUCGACAUGCUGGCCGAACACAUCGAGUCCUCGGAUCCACAACGGCUCUGGCUCUACGAACAACUUAUCUGGGAUGGACGGACGCGGCUGCGCAAAGGGAGCGAGCUCGCCAAGAGGCAGGACGCCAUGUACCACGCCCUCGAAACAAUGGCCGAGGCACAAGACCACGGCCCCACGGUGGACGACUCUGACCGGCUACGCAUCGAGGCGUUACGGCUCGAGUUUACGCAGAUGGACGUGGGCGACAAGAAGAAGGCAGAGGAGCUGGCGCUCAGCCUCCUCAACCACACGAGCUCCGACACUGGGACGGGGUCCAGAUCAAGCGAUCGGUUCCACGCAUACGCGCGCAAGAUGCUCGCCCGGGUCCAGCAGGACCGGCAGGAGUGGGACACGGCCGAGCAGAACCUGCAGUACGCCAUCUACAAGCGCGAGGCGGCCCACGGCACGCUCAACAACCUGCGCGUGAUACGCGACAUGUGGGUGCUAGCCGCGCACUACCAAAAGGCCGGACGGCAGGGGGACGCGGAUACCAUCACGGCGGAUGCCCUCUCGAGGGCGCAGCUGUACCUGGAGCAAGGGCCUGACUGA